AGCCGGAGCUGGACUCCACUGCCUGUUACCUUUUUUUUUGACCUGCUCAUCUCCCUUCAUCUCCUUCACAAGCUCCAAUUACCCUCAGUCUGUUUUUUCAAAAGCCAUGAAGAUGAUUCUCGUUUUCGCCAUCGUAUCCGCUCUUUUUACGACCCUGCUAGGUUCUUGCCAUGCGUCGCCCAUUAUCAUUGAAGAUUCGACCGCUCAUCUGGGACUGAAACGCGGUGAACCUUCCACACGACCCUCUGGCAAUGAGCCUGCCCCAUAUUCCGAAGUCGAACCUCCAUCGUUACUAGUAUGCUAUUUCGCUCUAGAUGGCAAUAAAUCACCAACGCACGAUCCGGAAAAAAACUUGAUAUAUAAUUUCAAAGAGUUCGAACACAUGGGACAGAGAUUCACUUGUGGGUCCCAGCCAGCCGUGGUCCCUCUGGUAGAUUCUCAAGAUCGCCUAUGUGUUCUCAAGGUCAAUGCUCAUAAAUUUGAUACCCCUCAAAAGAAAUAUGAAGUUCGAGGUGUAACACAUAACCAUCAUGUGCUGACAUUUCUCGGAUUUACAAUGUUUGUUUAUCCCGACAUGCUCCAGAACAAGGAGAUGGGAUUUAAAGCGGAGUGCUAUCCCCCGGAACAGAGUCACAAGGUGAAGACAGAUGCGAAGUCAAUUCCUUGGCAUGAUUGGACCAUUCGUCACUGGCCAAGUGAGAAUGGCAAGAAGAUAAGCGUCGACGCUCUUGCAUCUCAAACAAUUGCAUCUCAAAAAGGGACCUCUGUUCGCUCGUCUUUUGUUUAUUACGAACAACAGAAUGGGUACUUGGGUAGAGAGUUCCCUGUACCGGGCUGGUAACUGCAAUGCUCACAAUAUAUAUGUAAUCCAUUUUUCUGGAUUUCGAAAUCGAUUGAAAUCAGCGUUGCGCUUGUACAAAUCUUUCCAAGGUGGUGUUUGACAAAAGUUUGAUAGUUCAGUACGUUACGAGAAACGACAAAGAUCGCGAUAAUAACAAGCGCAUCGGAGAGAGGCUUUUUUUCCAUCACUCACCAUAUUAUCGAACGUGGGAUUACGUGCGAACAGGAAGAAUAGGGAAGACGCGACGACGCCGUAAGGAUUAUUGGACAGUAUAUUAAGUGAGCAUGAGCACAAAAUUGGAGCAUAACCGUCUACGAGGCAUCCGGUAAAUAGUUCUGCACUCGCUUGCUAGGCUAAGCCAGCAGCGUAUCAACUGUCC